GUAUUAAGGGUGAUGAUUUUUCGUCAAUUCUAUCUUAGUUUGUAUUGAGUCACUUGUAGGGUGUGAACAGUUAUGUUUGUGUUUUUGAUGUUAUAGUGGAAGUGUCUCCUAGGUUAAGUUCUGAAAAUGAUGUCCACAGAUAAUAUCCUGAAGAAAAAUAAUCCUCAACAACAGACACAAUUACCAGAUAGCACUACAUCAGUAGAUAGAGAAAUGUCUGAAUUCUCAAUUGGACAAGAUGUUCUUGUAAAGCAAAAAGAUGAUAGAUAUUAUUUUGGAACAGUGGUUCAAGUUAAUAGUGUUAGAGAACAAUGCUUAGUGAAAUUCGGAGACAAUACAUAUAAUUGGUCAACAUAUAAAGAUUUAACAAAGCUGAGUACUCCAGAACAGGAAGAUUUGUUGUGUGUGGUUUGUAAAAAGUCUGCACCCAAGAAUAGGCAGGAGAUUACUGUAUGUGAUCAAUGUGGCAGAGGAUAUCAUCAAAAAUGUCAUCAGCCCGAGAAUCAAAUACAUUCACAGAAAGAUGAUGGUUCAACCUGGAUGUGCAAGAGAUGUGUAGAUAGUGAUUCCCUUAGACUGAAAAAAUGUGACCUGAAACAGCAACGAAGAGAUUCAUUGCGAAACUCGUCAUCAUCUAGUACACAGUAUGAUGUUCAAUUACUUCCCACAUCUACAGUUAAAGUAUUGCCUUAUGAUUUGAAUUCAUUGAAUUGGGAUACAUAUCAUAGAGUUAAUAGUGAGCAAAUUUACUGUUAUUGUGGUAGUAAUGGAGAGUGGUACAAACAGAUGUUACAAUGUGGAAGGUGUAGACAGUGGUUUCACGAAAGGUGUCUUGAAUGUCUUCAAUAUCCAUUAUAUUGUGGUGACAGGUUUUAUGUAUUUGUCUGUUCCAUAUGCAAUCAAGGCAAAGAUUUUUUGAGGCGGUUAGAAAUGAAAUGGGUGGACCUAGUACAUCUGAUGUUAUUCAAUUUAACUGCCUUCAACUCCAAAAAGUAUUAUGAUCUGGAUACUGUUGUUGUUCCUUAUAUAAAUGAUAACUGGCAUGCCUUACAGCUACCACCAAAGAUUACGAAUGUGAGUAAAUUGGAACGACGGGAAAAUAUCAUGUCGGUACUGACGAAUAACCGUAACCGUUUCAAAUGUGGCCGAGAAAUAAAAAAGCGUACAACAAUAUGGGGACUUCGGGUUCGACUUCCUCCGCCGGCACCCUGCAUUGUUCUUCCGCUAACUGGCCUCAUAACGGAAGAAGAACUAAGGGAGUCAUGGCAAGGCAAUAGAAGAUUACAAUUUCUACCCAUAGAGAAGAACACUGUAAUCAAGAGGAUUGUCGAGACAGACGUCCACAUGAAGAACAUUAUGAUGGGUGUGACCUACCAGCAAAAUUCUGGCCUGUCCGAGUCUGAUUCUCCUUGUCCCAGCCCGGAAAUUGUCAGUGAGGAUUUGGCUAUUGGACGCAAUGAUGUCUUACAAAAAAAUACUUAUUUAGGUGCUGGAUGUGCUAAAAAGAGUGUGCCUUUUAAGAAAAUGAGCUUGCAGAGAAGAAAAAAGCUCUUGGCCAUGAGCAGUAGAGAAAGAGAGAGAAUAUUGAAAAGACCCAAACGAAGAAUAACCAUGGAUGAUAAUGUUGCAAAGUCUGAUAGGGAAGGCUUCAGGAAACUCAGGCUCAGUGUAGAUAGUAGAAUAAUUAAAACUGCUGAAUCACUGCCAUCUACUCCUCCAAUAUCAGUGAGUGCACCACCAACCCCUCCUGCCUCAAACUCCACCUCUAUUAUAUCUGAUUUGAGUAACGACUUCUCAGAAAGUUCUACCAACCAAACCAAAGUUUCCAGCCCCAAGAAGGCGUGUAUAUUGGAGCUCAACUCAGAACUGAACACUCCCUGUGAUACCUCGGGAGAUGAGACUAGUUCGAAGAGCACUUUGGACGCCAUAAUUCCCCCACCCAAAGACUUUGAAGGCAAAAACAACCCCUUUCUGGUUCUUCUCAGGGGUUGCGUGGAAGACAGUAACCAGAAGGGGAAAAAAAGGAAAGACAUCACUCUUCCCUUACCAUUAACAGCUGUGAUACCUGGUGCUCCAAAGAUGAGGCCAACGAAAAGGCAAUUGAGCGAGAAAGAUAUUGUGAUCGGACCGAAUGGACAAGUGAAAAGAAAGAGAUUUCGAAGGGGUAGAAAUCCGAAUGUAAGUUAUGGUCAGACUGCUAGUAAGACUGCAGCUGUAGUGCCUGUUAAAACAGAUGCCAGGGAAUGGAGCCAAAGGACUAGUCAAUCACCAAAUAAUUCAAAUUUAGGUAACUGUAUGGACUACCCUUUCACUGGAAGACGAUUACGUCAGAGACCAGAAAAACCACAAGAUAGAGAUAAAGUGUCUAGUAGUCCUCCAACGCCGAAACCGAGUCCAGUCAAACAGGAACCAGAUAUUGAUAUAGACGACCUCAAAAGCUCUGUCAACAUUUAUUUUGGUGCCGCAAAUCGUAUCGCCACAGGAGAGAGAUUCGUAGUCAAAGCGAAAAGAAUUGGGCCCACUGGGAAAAUGGACUAUCUAAUUGAGUGGGAAGGGCCUAGCACUGGAAUGACUUGAUGGAUAAAUGUUUGUUUCC